GUAGUCAGUACUCAGUACUCAGUAGUCACUAGUCAGUAUGUCGCGAAACGUUAUCGCAGAAGGUUGAUAGUUCGUAUUUGUCCGUUUUCCCGCAUUCUUUCAAAAAAUAUUUUAAAUAAGUAUUCGUUAAUAAUGGCUGAUUCGUGUUUACCCAUGACUUUGGACAUGAACAGUUUGCCCGUAGUACGCAUGGAUCUCAACGUACCGUCUUUGGACCGAAUCAUUGAAGCCCUUUUACCGGAGCUGUCUAAAAAUUUUGAAACCGUGAGUGUAGACACGGUACAAUGUCCCAAUUUGACUUGUCCACCGUUCAAUUUGGCCGCCGAAGGACUGAAUGGUGACGAAACGGUAAUCGACAUCGGAAGCCCAUCAUUUUUGCUACCCUUGGUGAACUUAAACAAAGUUUACGAUAUCAGAGACUUCACAAAAAUUACCAAAACGGACCCUUUGUUUGUGAUUGGAGCAGGCGCCGGUCCGUGGCCACAUGCGGGAGUGAACUGUGAAUUUAUAGGAAACGUACAAUUGACUUCCAAAAAUAACGUAAACAAUAAUUGUUCUCACCUUUAUAAAGUCGAUCUCCAGACUGAGAAUCAAGUGCACAACCGUUUGCCUCAAGACGAAAUGCGAUUCACGCUGUUGGCCAAUUUUUUCACUAGUCACGGUUUUAAAGGAGAGGUUUUGAGAAUAGUGUGCGAAACGCGGAACGGCCCGUUAGAUUUCGUGACAUCUAUCAGACUAGCGUUGGCAAAAUACUUUGGCAACAAACCGGUCGGUUUGGGUGGAGUGAUUUUAAUUGAAACAAGUAAAGUAAAAGUUCACGUCAUGCGUGAUUUUUCAAAAACACCCCUCCACUCUGAAACUGAUUUGAACAAUUGGCUUAAGUUUUUUGAAGUGGAUACACCCUUGGUGGGUGUCGGAUACCUCGUCUCUCACGAUCCGGAUUUGGAUCUGAGACCUCAACAUUUUCAUUUGUUCAGUAAUCAUGGAGUAGGAGGACACUAUCAUUACGAUACAGAACCAACCACGGUGAAAUACACUGCCUAUUUGAAUGUGGCCAAAAAAUUGAUCAGAAUUGACCAACCAGAAAUAGCACCAUUGUUUGGUAAAGAUUAAUUUUUCUGAAAAAUCUUAACAGUAAUGUUAAUAAAUAAUAAUUCUUCUGAAUAAGUUGUUUUUAAUA